GCUCCACGAACCACGAUAUCGACUGACGUGCGCCAUGGGCGAGCUGCCUCCCGGGUACCGCUUCUACCCUACGGAGGAGGAGCUGGUGCGCUUCUACCUCCGGCACAUGCUCGACGGCCGCCGCCGCGGCGAUAUCGAGCGCGUCAUCCCCGUCGCCGACGUCUGCUCCCUCGACCCCUGGCAGCUCCCAGAGGUGCACCGGGGCGCCUGCGCCGGGCACGGGGAGCCGUGGUUCUACUUCUGCGCGCGGCAGGACCGGGAGGCGCGGGGCGGCCGGCCUAGCCGCACGACGCCGUCGGGCUACUGGAAGGCGGCGGGCACGCCAGGGUUGGUCUACUCCGCCGGCGGCUGCCCCGUCGGGACCAAGAAGACCAUGGUGUUCUACCGCGGCCGUGCGCCGGCCGGGGCCAAGACCAAGUGGAAGAUGAACGAGUACAGGGCCUUCGACGACGACGGUGCCGAUGCCGAUGCCGCCGCUCGGCUCCAGGUGAGGAGCGAGUUCAGCCUGUGCCGUCUGUACACGAGGUCAGGCAGCUUGCGGCAGUUCGACCGCCGGCCGUGCACCGUCGCCGCCGGAGGACGCCGCUCCGAGGACCCGGCGUCGCCGUCUGCCGCGCCUGCGUCAGCCAGUGAGGAUGUUGAAGUGGGAAAGGGUCAGAAGAGGAAAAGGCAUGCAGCCAACGACGUCCCGUCGUCCAGCGACGCCUACCGCUCCGUGCAGCAGCAGCAGAAGCAGGGAGGCGCCGAUGAGGAGCUCGUCGACGGCAUGACCGACUGGGCAGAGCUUUUUGACUGGAUCUAACACAUGGAUGAUGAAGCUCUUAAACUGGAUUUGAUUCAUUAAAGAUUCAUUUAGAAAAAUAAACGCAGAUUUGCACUAAAGCUUUAGAUGAGCUACUUAAUUCUUUGUUCUUUUUAAAUUUUCGCCGUCACGAUGAUGCCAUUUCUACGUACUGCUCUGUGGAAU